AUGAAUUCAAGCCGAAAUUCGAGUGAAAUGAACUUUCAGACCGCAGAGAUUUUGCGAAGUGCAAUUCAGAUUCUGCUAGGCCGGAGUGAGCACGUGCGCGCCAACUCAUGCAGCUGCCACGAUGUCCAACUUUGGCGACGAUCUCGACGUUCCAUCCUACGUGUCCCCCUUUCUUUUCGACCACCACCCCGCCGUAUCGUUACGGACGGUUUACGGCCUUAUUUCUCGUUAAAUAGGCCAAUUCCAGGCGUCGCUACUAGGCUACGGAACGCGACAAGAAGAAGCGGAGCCAACAUGUCAUUACUAUUGACGAUAUUUCUGCUGGUAUUCGUCGCACAGCUCAUUACAUGGAUUGGAAAAUCUGUACUGCUAGACAUUGCAUACGACAUUUACCUGCGGAUCACCCGCUCCCCGCUGGCCGCACGCCAGCGCGCUCUCAAGACUGAAAUUCUCUCCACGAAAGCGGAGCUGCUCAAGACGAGCGCACAGGACCAGUUCGCCAAAUGGGCGAAGCUGCGGAGGAGCGUGGAUAAGGGGUUGGCGGAUUUGGAGAAGUUGAACGCGGAAGUGGCCGCUUCCAAGUCUGGCUUCUCAAUGAAAUUCAACACACUCCUGUGGCUUCUUACGACAGGGCUGCAGUUCGUCGUCGGGUGGUGGUACAGGAAGCAGCCCGUGUUCUUCCUCCCUGAAGGCUGGUUCGGCCCUCUCACCUGGUGGCUGGCCUUGCCAUUCGCCCCUGCUGGCUCUGUCAGCGUGGGCGUCUGGCAAAUGGCGUGCAAGCGCGUCAUUGUCGUCGGCGAGCGAGUCGUGAAGGACUUCUACGGCGCAGGCGCUUCGCAGCCAGAAAAGGUUGCCGUGCCGUCGUUGGCACCUACACCGAACAACACACCUAGGAAUGCCACGAAAAAGGAGAAGGAGAAGUAG